AAAAAGUGCCAUUAUACAGGACAACAACAUCUUUCAAAACAUCCAAACAGUCAGCAUCUCAACCAUUGAUAGGGUGCUGAAAAGACACCAAAUGAAUAUGAAGCAGCUCUACACUGUUCCGUUUGAAAGAAAUGGUGAAAGAGUGAAGGAGCUGCGUUACCAAUAUGUACAGCGUAUAAUGGAACUGGAAGCAAGUGAACCACCGCACAGCUUCCUCUACAUGGAUGAAGCUGGCUUCAACCUAACAAAACGUAGAAGGCGUGGUCGAAAUAUCAUCGGCCACAGAGCUACAGUUGAUGUGCCAGGCCAACGGGGCGGAAACAUAACCAUGGGUUGUGCAAUCUCUGAGAAUGGUGUGCUAACGCAUAUUCCCAUUAUUGGGCCAUACAAUACAGAGCGUCUUGUCACCUUUUUAGACACUCUCUACAGGGAUCUCAUCCCUGAACAAGAGAGGGGUCAGAUUGGAGAUGACCUGCCAAAGUAUGUGAUCGUUUGGGACAAUGUCAGUUUCCAUCGUUCCAACAUCAUCAGGCAAUGGUUUGAUUUGACAAAUGUUCAUUCCUCCAACCUGCCUCCAAGUCACUCACUGGCUCUCCAGAAAGAUCUCACCACAGAUCCUCCGCUGCUCCACCUCAACCCGCUGUCCUCGCUCCGCCUGCCUGCUCUCACCAGUCUCUUACCAGCCCGCUGUCUUCGCCCAGUCCACCUGCUCACGGCGAUUACUUCCACACACCUGGCUACUCCUUGUGUUUUACAAUAA